AUGAGGACCCGUAGAACACCCACCGAUCGCGCUCUUGGUCACUCUCUUUACGGCAGUCUCUUCUCGCAGGUUACUAUAUGCGGUCGUACCUUUAGGUGUGUGGGGCUGUUCCUACGCUCGCUCGCCACGUCUGAGAAUGGUCAAGUCUCUACAGGAGGCAUUAGAGGUUCCUGGAGUGUUGGAGGAACUUCGACAACACCCUGGGACCUUCAGUUCCGCUUCCGUGAUGGGGCCAAGUUACGUGUAAUGGCACUGCCCUCGGCUACCUAUUUAGACGUCGUCAUCCGAGAGGGACGGGAUUCCUUUGAGGGGCCUUUGAAGAAACUCCUCGACCUGCUCUCCCAUUCUCUUAACUUCACAUAUACGAUAACGAAGCCCCCCGAUGGUCGCUGGGGUGGGAAGUUCCCAAACGGAACCUGGAACGGUUUAAUAGGAGCCACCAUUAGAAAUGAGACAGACCUCGUCCUUGGUCCCAUGUCGAUGUCGAAAGAGCGAAAAAAUGUCGUCGACUUCUGUUACCAGUUAGAUAUAAGCGGCUUGUCCCUGAUAGCAAGGAAGGGUAGUCUCGAGGUGGAUCCCUGGGCCUUUCUGUCGGCGCUGUCCCUGUCGACGUGGCUUCUCCUGUUGCUGGCCCUGCUGGCGUCAGGUACCGCCCUGGUAGUGCUGGGUCUCUCGCGGUGGGCCAGAGGGCGUUACCCAUUCUCGCAGGCGGUUUUGACUGAUCUCCUGAGAAUUCUUGUGCAACAAGGUUCGUGGCUCUUGCUGUCAACAUUGCUGGUCUGGGCGUACAGUUCCACCGUGACCUCCGCCUUCGCUGUGCGCUUCGCUUCCCGUCCGAUCCAGAGCGUCAGGAACAUUUUGGAUGACGGUCGUCUUGUCGCUGCCGUGGGAGAAGCGACCAUCUAUGCCGACCUCAUAGAGGAAGAAGAAACGGAAGUAUUUAAGAUGUUGGCUGAUUUAAGGAGGCAAGGGCGGUUGAUCUACAAGCCAGCGCCGUUUAAAAUAGGGAUGGGCGAUUACGUGUUCCUCCAGCAUGAGACAUCGGCUGAUUUCGAAAUGGCCGUGGAGUACUUGAAAUCAGGAAAGUGUGAAUUCUACAAAGCGAAAAAACGUCUUAUGUAUUUACCAGAAGCUAUGGUCGUUCCAAAGGGCAGUCCUCUCCUACAGGCUAUUAAUCACAGUCUAGGACCUGAUUCCCAAUCUUUGGACAGUCAAUACCCCAGAAACUCUUUAGUACCAGCCACGCUGUGGAGGCUAGAGAUGUCUGGAAUCUUCAGGAAAUGGAGAAAGGAUGCUUUUCUCUUGCCAAACGUGUGCUCUCGUUCCCCAGAGAAGAUACUUGUCAAGGAAAAACUCAAGUACAAUAGCAUACGGUAUAUACGAGGUCAGAGUCAGCUUACAGAGCACAAAGGGUCCUAUGUUGAGGGUAUGUUGAUGGUACUAGCAAGUGGUCUCAUGGCUGGUCUGAUCGUUUUCCUCCUUGAGAUAAAAGUAGCAGACAUCAAUUAA